AUGGUGAUCUCCCCAAGGACGAGGCUAUGGCCUGUCCUAAUUUCACUCCUAUUAUGGACAGCUUCAGCUUUCGCUGACGAUCGCAAAUGCUACAAUCCCGACUCAUCCCAGGCUAAGGCCGAUGUACCUUGUACAGAUGAUGAUAACACGUUCUGCUGCAACAAAGGGGAUAUAUGCAUGUCCAAUGGGCUAUGUUAUCUCCAGCAAUCAUCAGGAUUCGCACUAUCCCGCCCAAGCUGUACAGAUCUAAGCUGGAGCUCAUGCGGCUCAUAUAAAUACUGUUUUGAUUACAACCAAAACUCAGGAUUCCCAAUCGUCGCCGCGAAUUAUGCCGGAAAUAAAACAAAACACUGCUGCGGCACAGCCUCCUAUGACAACGGCACCGUCACCUGCCCGAUGAAGUCAGUGUCCGUGCCAUACGGAACUGCGAUCCCAGGCGUCGCUGGACUAGCGGUUAGCUCAACAAGCACAAACUCCUCCAACUCCUCCGACUCAUCGUGCUCUUCCAAUUCAGGAUCCAGUUCUGGAUCUAGUUCAUCUUCUUCUCGAGAUACGGCAAUCGGCGCAGGCGUCGGCGUCCCGCUUGGCGUGAUUGCUAUUGGAUCUUUGAUAUGGGCUUUCUGGGAGCGAAGGGGUCGAAUGAGGGCUCUUGCUGCAGCUGGCACAAGUCAAGGGACUGGUCAGCCUUAUCAACAGAUGGCGUACCGUGCGCCGCCUGUUGAGCUACAAGCACCCGAGGUGGAGUUGGACGGAUCUACUGCGGCGACUGAGAUUGGGAGUGAUGGCCACCCAAAACCUAAUAGGAUGCCCGUGGACUAG